AUGGCCGGCAUCUUCCUUCAAGACCUACCAUGGCACGACGGCGAGGAACAGAUGAGGAAAGCAUUGCAUGUACCGGACCACGACAACCCAACUGUUCCAGCUCUCUCGCCCCAGCUAGCCAACCAUCUACAGAUAGCACCGCUCAUAGCAAUAGGGACACUGGACAAGGAAGGCCGACCAUGGACCACCCUCUGGGGCAACGGCGACAAAGGUUUCGCGCAGCCAGUCGGGCAAGGCGUCAUCGGUAUCAGAACGCCUGUCACAGGCAAGCACGAUCCGGUCGUCGAAGAACUGGUCGGCAAAGAGGCCAAAGGUGAUGUUGUUCGGGAGGAGGGCACAGGGCGGAUGGUGAGCGGUUUGACGAUUGAUCUUGAAACAAGGAAAAGGGUUAAGAUGUACGGUCGGAUGGUCGCUGGUGCUCUCAGUAUUCGAGAAGACGAAGCCACAGACCACGAGGAGCAUGUCGCCGAAGUCCAACUCGUCAUCAAGAUCGAGCAGAGUCUCGGUAACUGCCCGAAGUACCUUAACAAGAAGCAUAUCGUGCCUGCUAUCUCCAAGCCAGAGCUGGUAUCAGACUCACUCAAGCUACCUCAACAAGCUCUAGACCUUUUGGAGAAGGCUGACCUAUUCUUCAUCUCGAGCUCCCAGCAUGACCAGGACAUGGAUACCAACCAUCGCGGCGGACCUCCCGGUUUCAUGCGAGUGGUAUCCAACGACGAUCCCGGAGCAGCACUGGUGUAUCCAGAAUACUCUGGUAACCGCCUCUAUCAAACCUUAGGAAACCUCCAAGUCAAUCCACUAGCAGGCGUAUGCGUACCCGACUUCGAAACGGGCGAUAUGCUCUACUUCACAGCAACCACCAACAUCCUCGUCGGCAAAGACGCAGCCGCCCUCCUCCCUCGCUCCAAUCUCGCAAUCAAACUCACCAUAACAGCCUCCCGCUUCGUCACCAACGCCCUCCCCUUCCGAGGCGUCGAAGGCGAACGCUCACCCUACAACCCCAACGUCCGCUACCUCCCGAGCGAGAAAGCACCCACCUCAUCCCAAGACACCGCUCUCCUACAAGCAACACUACUAAACCAGACCAAACUCACCCCAACAGUCUCCCGCUUCCGCUUCGCACUAGAGAACGCAGCAUCCUACGGACCCGGCCAAUACGUCACCCUCGACCUCUCCAAACAGCUCGAUCACGGCUACAGCCACAUGCGCGACGACGACCCGCGGAGCAUCAACGACGACUUCGUUCGGACUUUUACCGUGAGCAGCUUACCAGGAACGCCGCCGGAUCCUGUGCGGAGGCUGAAGGACGACGAGUUUGAAAUCACUAUCCGCAAGGUGGGAGCUGUUACUGAUCACCUGUUCCGGCAUCUUGGGAAGGAGAGUCGGGAGCGCGGGAUGCAUGAGCUGGAGGUUGGGGUGAAGGGGUUUGGGGGUGAGUUUGAGAUUCAGCAGAAUGGGGAGGAGAGGAUUUGUUUCGUCGCUGCUGGGGUGGGGAUCACGCCUAUCUUGCCUUCGUUGUGGUCGAUCGAUUAUAAUGCUGGACUGGUGAAAGAUACGCUUGAGCAGCAUCCUGAGCUGUCGCAGAGCCUCUCGCUCUUCGUGACGGAUGCCGAAGAAGGGUGGGCAGAGGUCCAAGAGCUGAAGCGGAUGAGCCUCACGGUGCAGUCGCGGAGAAUGCAGAGAUCGGAUCUGGACCUUGAUGUUAGCAAAUACUACCUCUGCACACCGCUGGCUCUGAGGAAGCAGCUUUUGGAGUGGCUCCCGGGGAAGGAGCUGGUUUUUGAGGACUUCAAUUUCUGA